AUGGCCGAUCUAGCGCAGUUUGAUAGGCUUGUUUCGCCGGAGAAGCAAGGUCAUACUAUCCUAUAUCCGACGUAUAUAUCACUAAAAGCUUUUCUGGAUGCUCCGUUCCCGGAGGAGAAAGCGAAGGUGGAUAGGAUGAGGAUUCACCCGAUUCGCUAUAUUAAGGUGAUAACGGCUUUUCCGGUGGUCGAUAAGUAUAAUGAUUAUAUAUAG